CCUAUUAAAUUGCCAGCGGGCGGUAGUCUAUCGCAGUGCGGGACCGACGGAUGCAAGUGCACGCACGCGCCAUACCGCGCCGCCGGGAGCAUGUGACAUUGAACACCCACGCGGAAUUAUUGUAAACAGAAAUUACAAUUACAAUUGUAAAAAUUACAAUUACAAAUAUGUGUAAACAUUUAGUGCUGGUUCCUUUGGAUCCUACGGAUACUGAUACUGCAAUGAAGAAAACGUGUAAGCCGGCGAUGCUGGGCAGAAUCUGGCAGGCCAGUAGACGAGCCCUGAACCUGGAACACUCGCCUCCUCACGUGUUCGCUUGUUGCCAGUGGCAAGGCGGGACACAGCCGGCUACUUCGUACCUUCUUUAUCGGUGGCUCCUCUUCCUUACAGUACUCUCAAUCGGUAUAUCAAGUUUCGCCUGUCAACGUCUACCCCGUCUGUAUGAAGGGCCAACCGUCGAGCUGAACUACUUCAAGUGGUUCAUCUACUUCACCAACUGGGGCUACUUGCUCAUCGUGCUGCAAGCUGCUCUUGCGCUGGCGGUUGUGCUUCGUUACAGAAAUCAGAAAACAUUCAAUUUACCAUGCGAAGACGAAGAGGUGUCAAUGCCGCGCCGCCAGCGGACACCCAUCCUGUGCCGUUCCUAUUGGCUGGCGCACACCAUCGCCACCGACCUGGCCUUCGUCAUCACGCUCAUCUACUGGACCCUCGUGCACGAUCCGAGAAUCCAUGAAAUCAACGCGUUGAACCUAUUGGUGCAUGGCGGCAACUCUCUGGUCAUGCUACUGGAGCUGGCGGUCACAGCUCACCCAGUGCGCGCUGCGCAUGCUCUGUUCGGCGCAGGCGCCGGCCUCGCCUACGGGCUCUUCAGCGCGUUCUACUGGGCGGUAGGCGGCACCGACCGCGUUGGCUUACCAGCGAUAUACCCGGCACUGGACUGGAAUAAGCCAGGCUCGGCGUUCGGUUUCGUGGCCCUCUGCGCAGCGGUCAUGAUGUUCGCACACGGAGUCGCAACUUGCCUCGCCUUCGCUCGCAGCCGCCUCGCUGCGAAGGUGCUGCCAGCGCGCUCCGACCGCUUCACGCUGCCCGCGCACUGAGCCAUCCGACAACGGAUCGACACAUAUGUAAUUAACACUCCAAUGUGUGGCACCCGUGGCGGAGCUAGGUUGGGCCGACGGUUAAGGAGGCCUCGCAAAAAGGCCUGACCAGAAAAAAACGAGUGUGCUUUGGAUUUUUAGACCACACGACUGAAGUAAAACUUCUUUAGCUCUCUCGACGUCCAUUCACCUCGCCCGAUUACAAGUUUCGUAACACAUUUACCAGCUUACUCUUGAAGUCAAGCGGGCGUAAAGAAUUUGUACUUCAAAAACUUAAGUAGCAGAAUUAGAUAAGUUAAUUUCUUUACAGAUUGCUAAAAAGUGUUUGUUCCACUUCCAAAGUAUUUUUUUUUGUGUCUGGUCAUAGAGAUUACAGUACGCGUGAAUAACUUUUGUCUUGAGUCUGCCAAUUAAACUGUUAGUUAAGUUACUAAGUCUAUUUAAAAUUAAACAUAAUUUUAUUAUCAUUAAUUGCACUAGCACCGCCUCUGGGAAGCAAACCGUACUUUGUAAGAGUUAUGGAGUAUUAAGGUGUUUGAUCCGUUAGAUUACUCUUAAAUGAUUCUUAGUUGAAAUGUCUAAGCAAUAUUCGUGCUCGCGUAGAUUCAUUAUGUACCUAAGUAGUACUAGGUAAGUGUGGGCAUAGCUCAGGAAGUAGACGGUCCCUCAGCCUGUAAAUAAAUGUUUCUUCGCUUUCUAAGGUAACCAGCACCUAAUCGCUCACAGGCUAGGUUUUGUCGGGUUUAUAAAAUCAGUAUUUUGCUUAUUUUAUAUACUACUAAAUAAGCAAUAAUCUAGAACAAAUAUCGUAAUAAAUAUAUGCUGUUUAUUAUGUAUAGUGUAGAAAAAUAGACUUUUUGUUGUGUAUCUAAUAACAGUUAGCUAAGUUAAAGAAACUAAACUACAUAAAUUAAUAUUUAAAUAAUAUUUAAGAAAAGGAGCUGACGAACCAAAGUUAGAUUUCUUCGAAUACCACGAUAUUAGGUGGUUGUAAAAAUAAAUAUAGAAAAUGAGUUCGGUACAUGACGUUGAGUAUAUAUCUACUAAAUGUAUAUAAUAUGUUAAUAAUUUUGCAUUUCAAUAGGCCCAUCCUAGUUAUAACUAGGAUCAGGCUCAAUUAUAUUUUUAAGGGCAAAACUACAAUAAGUAGGCACUGUAGGUAUGGUUUGCGCACAACUACUUAGGCUGAAACCCACACUCGAUGCACUGUUUACCAAGAAACAAAUUAGAAAUGAAGGUAUGUAUAAAAGGUAUGUAUAGUGAAAAAACGCAUGUCAUUAAUCCUAAUGUUUUAAGCGUAUUAAUCAAAUAUGUUUUCAUUAAUAUAAGAACAAUUAAUUAUAAUUAUUAUUAAGUGUGAAAUUACUAGCGAUUUAUACCCUCGUUGUUAAUUUUUUGUUGGUAAACAGUGUACAUAGAGUAAGGCUUUGGCUUUUUUAACAUCUCAAGGGCCGGAGCAAGAGAGGGACCACUGCAUAUAAAGAUCUUGACACAAACACAGUAAAACAGUGUGCACCUACUUAUAUGUUUUCUUUUUAUUGACGAACCAAGUGGAACCCCCACCUGAUAGUCAGCGGAAAGCCAUUGCCUACAGAGCAACACUUCGCAGUUCAUACAAAGGACAUGUCUGCUGUACAUAAACCUGAAUUAUAGAAUAUUGGAUAGAAGCAGGCGUUACUUUGCGGAAGUUCAUCAUGAUUAUAUAAUGAUUUAUUUAUUUUGCUAUCAUCCGCGAAAAUUCGGCGAACCCAUGCGACAACGUCACCCAGGUCCGACAAAAUCCUCUCUACGUACGUUUCACCCCGAAACCGGAGCAUCCUCAGGAGAUGUUGACUCUACAACUUUGCAAUUGCACGUUGUAGAGUCAACAUCUCCUGAGGAUGCUCCGGUUUCGGGGUGAAACGUACGUAGAGAGGAUUUUGUCGGACCUGGGUGACGUUGUCGCAUGGGUUCGCCGAAUUUUCGCGGAUGAUAGCAAAAUAAAUAAAUCAUUAUAUAAUCAUGAAUUAUAGAAGUUAAGCCUCAUAUGUCUAUACUAGUGGACGCCCGCGAUUUCGCCCUUAGACCUCCUUAAUACGCCCUUGUCGCAAAAUUACCAUUCACCCUGCCAAAUUUCAUCUUUGUACGUCAAGCGGUUUUCGAGAUUUCGUGAUGAAUGACCUUUCGCAUUUAUUUAUUAAGAUUUAGACCGGUAACCCUUCAGAUUACAACAAUGCUGCUUAGCCAUUCGCUGCCCGCGAGUAUUUUAUCGGUGAGCCCGUCUGCGUUGAAGAAGCCGAUAGUCAGGGAAUGCGGUUUUAAUCUACCGUUGUGGGCCAUUUAAAAAAUCUUUAUAUUCCUCUAUCGCGCGGAGCAUGAUACUGUGCUCGCCUAUUGCCCUUAGUGGGUUUUAUAUUUUUUUACAUGUCACGUAACAGGUACGAUGGACGACCGGUCGUCCAUUUAGGAGUCAAAUGGCCGACCAAAAUAAGAAGAGCAAUAACCUACUUAUAUGCUGGGACUCUGUCAAGAACUCUGUCAAGAAAAGAUGUAGGUAAUUAGGUACCUACUACUACUGAAAAUGCAUAAGUAUGCGUGUAAUGUAUACGUAAGUACAACGCGUACAUCUGUGGUUAUGGUCAUUCAGCCCAUCCCCCCCCCCCGCAUACAACUAACAAGUUGUGCGCAUACUUGAAAUCAGUUUUAGAUAGAUAAGUGUGUAAAGCAUUUAUUUUAGUUACUGUUUGUAUACGUUUUCUAGCUUUAGAUUUUUAGGUUUUAGGUAUGUAAUCAAAUAAAGCCAAACGUUUUAUGGCCAAAAAUACCUCUAAAUAAAAUGUUUUUCAAACAUGCUUUAAAAUAAUCUACUAUUACUUCAUUAAUACAAGUAGAAACGCAUAUUCUGUCAGGUUAUUGUAUUUUUCUAGUAAAACCACUUUUGGUUCAAAUCACCUUUGAACCUUUAGUUAGUAAAGUUUUUAUGUCAAGAUAAAAAUACUAUUAACUUUCAAAGUAUAUAGAAGAAGUGAAGUAGGUAGAGUAGCAUUUUUACGUAUUACUAAAGUUUUGCCGUACUUUUUGACUUUUUUCUAUAUUAGCUGUUUGUAAUUGAUAGAAAAACUUUUAAAUUAAAAACUAAAUAAUUUAUAUCCUUUUAAACGAGACCAGUAUUGUUUACACAGUAAAAUAUAAAGGCUGUGGCCAAUAAUUUAUGAUUACAAUAUAUUUUGUUAGAUGACAUUAAUAAGUACUAAAACCAACAAACAUUUUACAAGUGUAUUAAAUAACAACAUCUACAAUUAAACACUCAUGUAUUACGAUUUAUUAUUUAUCAUUUCUUUCUUUCUCAACAAUACUGCCAUGACAUGACAAAACGCUGUAUCUACAAAACAUCAAUAGGGAUGAUGACAGUUUUUUAAAUUGUAUAAUGUAUAUAAAUUAAGAGUAUACUAAUAGCAAAGCAAUUUUGUAAAAGCAACAGGGUAUCUGCGAUCAUUACUUUCGGAGCUUCAGGGAUAUAAAGGGUCAGAUUUGCGGCGCUGCCGCGGAUCCAUGAAAAACGCUCCAUACAAAAUGGCACGAUUUAGUGACGUCGUUGGCUCGCUGAUCGUUAGGUUUGUAUGGGCGUUCAAACAAAAUUACUAAUAUCUUUGUUAUUUGUGCGUUUAUGUUUAUAGUUCAUUUAUUGAAAAAAAUCACAUUUAAUGUAAGGAAGCUAAAUCUGUAUGAAUUUUCAUCUAAUUAUGGUAAAUAAAAUUAAUAGAUUUUGAAAUUUUAUAAUCUUAUUUAUUUUGCAAAUAUCCAAACAAUCUUUGCUUUUUAUGUAUAAAUUAGUUAACAUUGACAUUAUUUACCCGAAUGUAUCAUAAAAAUCAAUAUAUUCAAACCUAGUCAUCAUCCCCAUUGUUGAGAAAUCGCAGUUAUAGAUUUUAGUUACUAUUUGUUAGAAAUAGUGUAUACUAUUAUGCAGGGGCGUAGCUACCGUCGUAUCAGCCGUAUCAAUGAUACGGGGCCCUCGGACUACAGGGGCCCCUUAAAAGCAAAAAUUAGUAAAAUAUAAUCCACAAGUGCGCCUAAAAGUUGGAAACACAUAGGUUAAGUCAUUGUCAUAAUUAUUUUAAGCGAACAUUUUCGUUUUUUUUUGUGGGAAAUCUUUACCUUUAAUUAAUUGGGCCUCCCAGCUAAUUUUGAUACGGGGCCCCUCCUAGUCACGCUACGCCACUGCCAAGUGUAUCUGAAGAUACAGUGUUUGACUUGGCAUAAACAUGGCAUACAUUCGUCACGUCAUGGCUUACAUUCGUUUUCGUUUAACGUCGGAUGCCUACUACUCUUAUGUAUAAGUAUCUUUGAAUUGUUUAUAUGAAUGGAUGACGGCAUUCAAUAGAAUGACGUAUAUCAUGUUCCCUAUAAUUGACGUGCGUAUUGUUCAAGCUAAUAAACGAUUACGCUCAGGCCAUGGAACUAUUUGGCCCACUUAGAAACUGAGCAUUUCGCAUAGUCUUUAAUAAUAGCUUCAUAGGUCCCGUCUCACUAAAAUUUUUUGUCAUAUCGACUUUUUACAAUGUCACCAUCGAUGCAUCCAUCCAUCUUCUUUUGUAACUGAACCAAAUCCUUUAAUUCGUCAUUUGAUACACGCUACUAACUACUUAGGUCUAUACCAGUGAAGUAGGUACCUAUAGUUGAAACUUUUUGUCACUUUACUGUCAAGUCUCAACACUUCGAUAUGUUUUUAUCAGUGGCGUAGCUAGGUAACACAGGGCCCUGGUGCGAAUAAAAAAAAAUGGACCCAACUCCUAUCAGAACUGGCUAAGUUUUAUAAAUAAAAAUAUUAAAUAUAUACAAAUACAUAAAAAGCUAAGUUACUUUAUCAUCAGCUCUUUUCGUUUCGAAAUUUUCUAAUUCAGUUCGAUCGGCCCCCGAAGCUUGAAGGCCGCGGGGCAUUGCACCAACUAGCCCCUCGGUAGCUACGCCAUUGAUUUCUAAAUAGACCAAGAUCCGUAUUAGAAACGACCUUCACCCACCUGUUUAUUGAAUGAAUUAACAGGUGGGCCGAAACCUCCCACCAGCCAGACCUGAACCAAUCAACCCAGGUUCGAACCCAGGCCCUUGUAAAUCCACUGUGCAUACCAUUGCGCCACGGAAGUCCAGUAGUUUCCGAGUUUAUUCUUUACAUAUAAAAAUACUAAUCUUUCCUCUUUAUGGGAUGCCCUGCGGUUUCACCCGCCUAGUUCCCGUUCCCUUGAGAAUAAAUUUGUACAUUUAAUUCCACUUCCUUAAUACGCUAAUAGAAAUUAUUGUCCUGCAAUAAUCAUUACAUAUAUACACACAUAAUUAUAUUAUUAGUAGGACUUUAUCCUGUAUACGUGUUAGCGAUGUUCUACCGAGUACUUUCCGUAAGGAAAAAUAUUUUACUGAUUAGCUACUAAUCCAUAGAUAAUUUUUUUCUUAGUAAAUGGGGAAAUCCUCAUGAAUACACGCCAAAAGUUUUGUCGGUAUGGACUUAUUAGCGAAUAAUAAAUUAUAAUUAAUAGUGCCCUACGUCAUCACCAAUUCGAAACUAAUCCAUAAUAGGUUAAAUAUAGGUUAUAUGUUUAACUUAUUUUAUUUAACCUAGGUUAAAUAUAGGUUCCUCUACAUUCUAUAAACUAAAAAGGUUGCUACUAAAAAUAUGUAUGUAGGUACCUACUCCUAAAUGUUACAUAGGUACAUACAUUAUCCCAGCCUUCAUAAUUACCUACUAAUAAUUCAGAUGAAAACCACUGCCGUUAAUAAAACUCCGUUAAAUGGUAAUAAUCGAUCCUAUUGUAAUAAAUAGAUACAAUAGCUAUUACAAUCAGCACCGGCCCGAAGUUAAUUUUAAAAUGGAGCGAGAUCCAAUUAUGGCGCCUUUCCUGUUUGUCCCUAAUAAUAUGUAGAUACCUAGACCAAAGAGUGUAAAGUAAGAAUGGAACGCGAAGAUCUCGACCAUACUCUGGGGUGACCAAUUGAAUAUUAGGAGCAUUACUGUCUACGGUUGAGUAGGAUUAUCAUUUCGGCGCCCUCUAAGAUUUGGCGCCUGGAGCGACUGCUCCGUUCGCCGUAUGGGCGGGCCGGCUCUGAUUACAAUAUAUAUAAAUAAAAUGAAUGUGAACAUUAUAACAUUUACAUUAAUUUACAUUUGGUAAAACCUAUCUAAUAAUUAUAAUGCCAGCCACACACUAUCAUGUUUGUCCGAUCGAUCGAUUGAUAUCAUUAUCACGCUUGGAGAUGUGAGCAUUGAAAAAAACCGUAACAAUUAAGAAUUUCUGAUAUUUUUUUCAUUGCCCACAUCCUCACUGCACAUUGUAAACUGCUGACCUAUAUUUUGGUCUAUUAUCAACCUAUGAAAAUAAACAUCAAAUUAAUUGAGGAAUGACAUCUACGUGAUAUCUACCAGUAGACAUUGGAUAUCAUUUUAGAAUCUCAAUUUCGUGUAAGUCUAACUAGUCUAUGUCAAAAUAGUGAACUAGCCUGCAGGACGGCAAACUUAAACGUGUGUGGCUUGUGUAAGAAAUAUUUAUUUGUAUACCUACAAUAUUAUGCAUUUUCUUAGAAGUUGAACAUCAUGUGUAAAUAAUGAUUUCGUAGAAUAAAACUUAGCAGUAGUCUAGGCUGUGUAUUUUGCCUUUAUUUUAAAUAAGUUUACGCAUUAUUAUUUCCACUAAAGUACCUACUGUGCAUAUAAUAGGUGUUUGUAAGCGAACGAGAUGAUUAAUUUGUAACUUUUGUCAGUGAUUGUAUGUGAUUUGUAGGCUUAAUUAAUCGUUCCUAGCCUGAAUAUAAAUAUUCUGGCAAAACUGUGAUGCGGUUUUCACGCUACUUAGUUUAAGUUGAAUGCGUUUAGUUUAUAAGUUUUAGCUUAAUUCGUCAUAAUAUGUGCAUGUCUAUACGUAGCGAUGAAAGUUUCCCUUUCUCGGCGAAGUCGACGAGCCAAAGUCUAUUUUUGCUGCCUACAGCAAAAUAAAAAAGAAACCAAUGUGUAGCGCGUGAGCGACGCGCAGAAUUUAAAAUUGAUUUUUAAAAAGGUUUACAUUUCUUGUGGAUCUUAUGUCAGCCACUGACGAUCAAGUAGUCUCACAUGCCUGCAGCGCUAACGGCUUGACAGCUGGUACAACUGAUCGUGUGUUGGUCGCAAUAAGCAUGACAUCAUGCCGUCAACACAAUCUCUACAAUCAAUACCUACUUUAAAUAUGUUUUAGAAGUUCAAUUCUGAACAUUGAACCAAAAAUGUACAUACUAAUAGACUGACUGAUAAAUGAUUUGCAGCUAGAUGAUCAAAGUCGUGGUUAGUUUACAUCGUCUUCAAUCGACUGCGAUUAAGCUAGACGACCAUGGCUUGGCAACUUCGUUCGUAACACUCCCGAUGGUCCGCGCGGGCCGGGGGGCGUGUAGCGAUGAAUGAAAAACCCACGACUGAUGAAACCUCACUUCCCCGCACGCAUGAUUUCACACCCGCGUAGUCUUUCCCCACGUCGCCCGCAUAUCAUGGGAGUGUUAUCAACCAUCUUGCCAGACUAUAUAUUUAUGAAUGUCGUACAACGGACACUUUACUAAAGUACUUGUGAAAUUGGCAUAUAAAGUAGUGAAGAAGCCCUAUUUUGUUUAAGCCCUUUAUUUAUUAACUUUUAGAAGUAUUAAAUAUUUUGAAUGUAUACUUAUCGCUAUUUAAAAAUUUAUAUUGUUCUCAAGUGUGAUGUGAUGGCGUUCCACUGGCAUUUAUUUAAGUUAUAUCACUAAGUAUUAUGUAGUUAUUAUGUAUUCUGUGGUUAAACCUACUUUUAAACAAAGCCUCACCAAAGAAAUAAAAAACCGGGCUAUGUUCAACGUGGCUUUUUUUAUUUUAUUGGCUUUACUUUUCUGCGUGGCUUGGUUUUAUUUAUCAAUCUAUGUUGACUAACUAGGACUUCUUUCGUGGCGCGGAGUUUACCUAUAAAAUAACGUCAGCCACUCAAGAUAAUAUUUACGAUCAAGUCUGCAGAGCGCUAGCCCGAAGCUGACUUGACGGUAAACUUGAUUGUGUAGUAGGCACAUAUUACACAAAAUUGAGUAUUCCUUCUCCAAUACAGAUUUGUAUUGAAUCCUUAGGGUAUGAAGGGCAUUUUUGCAUGUAUGAAGUGCACGUUACGGUGUGUGGCAUGAGUUGUCUGAAGGUCCGUUUAUAUAUAUACAGACAGAGUGCGUCACAGACAAGUAGCGUGGCAGACACCCACAGACAUUCUAUUCACACUGCCCAGCAGGUAGCUGGAGACACUUAUAGUCCUUUUCAUGAAAGAAGUCCCCCAGACGCGGCGCUAAUGUAUUAAUGGCGCUAAUUGUCAUUUGGUAAUGGCGGUCCUAUUGUCAUUUGUAUAAGGCGCUGUCAAUUUUAGUUCAGGUUUCAUGAAAAGGACUCUACAGACAUGAACCGACAAAAUAUUCUUUCCGGGAAUACUGGCCGGGCACGGUCCGUGUCUGUUAACGACUGCGCGUUACGAUAGACAUAAAUAUGAUAAUAAACACUACAUAGAAGAAUAUUAUUUUGUCUGCCACGGUACGUGUCUGGCACGCUAAAUGUCUGUAGAUAUAAACGGAUGUUCAAUUAUACACUUUGAAUGGAUUUUGUAGUUGUGAAGAAGUUGAAUAUUUUUAUUAUAGUUAUAAUCGUUUGCCGAAGUAGUGAGGGUAAUAUCAUUAAAAGCAAUAAUUUUAUAUGUGAUGGUAGUUUAUUGAGGAAUUAAAUUGCAUACCUUGUCUGAAUACUCGUAGGUUCAUACAUGAACAUGUACAAAUUGUAUUAGCUGAAUUUUGAAUAUUGUAUAAUGGAUUUAAUUCCGAUUCAAUAAUAGUAAUUUUUAUUAUGAUAAUGUAUCGUGAUAAUAGAAAUUUUGUUCUUAUA